AUGGCUGACGCUUUGAAGGCUGAAGGCAACAAGGCCUUUUCGGCCAAGGACUAUCCUACUGCCAUUGAGAAAUUCACCCAGGCUAUCGCUAUUGAACCCGAGAACCACAUCCUCUACUCCAACCGUUCCGCCGUCUACUGCUCCCAGGGCGAGUACCAAAAAGCCCUCGAGGAUGCCGAGAAAUCCAUCACCAUCAAGCCGGACUGGUCUAAGGGUCAGGUCCGCAAGGGAGCUGCCUACCGCGGCAUGGAAGAUUGGUUGGCCGCCUACGACGCAUACGAGGAGGCAUUGAAGCUCGAGCCCGGCAACGCCCAGGCCAAGGCCGGUCUGGAUGCUGUCCAGCGUGCCAUCCAGGCCGAAGCUACGGCCGAUGGUGUUCAGGGUGAUCCGACCGGCGGUCUCGGUAGCAUGUUCAACGACCCCGCGCUGUACGAGAAGCUGGCCAACAACCCCAAGACCGCGGCCCUGCUGGCCGACCCCGAAUUCAUGGCGAAGCUGAAGAAGAUCCAAUCAAACCCCAACAGCGUUGGCGAGGAGAUCCGUGACCCUCGCUUCCUGCAGGUCAUGAGCGUGCUUUUGGGUAUCGAUAUGAGCUUCGGCCAGGAUGGUCCCUCCGGACAGGACUCGCCCAUGCCGGAUGCUAAGCCCGCACCGCCCAAGAAGGAGCCUACCCCCGAGCCCGAGCCUGAGGAUGAGGAGGCCAUUGCCAAGCGCAAGGCUCAGGAGGCCGGUGAUGCGGAGAAGAAGAUCGGUAACGACUUUUACAAGAAGAAGCAGUUCGACCAGGCUAUUGAGCACUACGAGAAGGCCUGGGAGCUGAACAAGGACGUCACCUACCUGAACAACGCCGGUGCCGCCAAGUUCGAGAAGGGCGACUACAACGGUGCCAUUGAGACUUGCCAGAAGGCCGUGGAAGAGGCCCGCGACCUGCGUACCGACUUCAAGACCGUUGCCAAGUCCUAUGCUCGUAUUGGCAGUGCCCACGAAAAGUUGGGUGACCUUACCCAGGCCAUCGAGUUCUAUCACAAGUCGCUCACCGAGCACCGCACUCCCGAGACUCUGGCCAAGCUGCGCAACGCCGAAAAGGCCAAGGUCAAGGCCGAGAAGGAUGCCUACCUGGACCCCGAGGCGGCCGAGAAGGCUCGCGAGCUCGGCCAACAGAAGUUCAAGGAGGCCGACUGGCCCGGUGCCGUGGAGGCCUUCACCGAGAUGACCAAGCGCGCCCCCAAUGACCCCCGCGGCUACUCCAACCGUGCCGCGGCGCUCAUCAAGCUGAUGGCCUUCCCCGGUGCUGUCCAGGACUGUGACGAGGCGAUCAAGCGCGACCCCAAGUUCUUCCGCGCCUACAUGCGCAAGGGCCAGGCUCUUGUCGCGAUGAAGGAGUACAACCGUGCCCUGGACACCUUCACCGAGGCGGCGGAGCAUGAUGACGGCACCAACGCCCGUGAGAUCGAGCAGCAGCAGCAGAAGUGUCUGGAUGCGCAGUUCAGCGCUCGCGCUGGCGAGACGGAGCAGCAGACCAUGGAACGAAUCCAGAAUGACCCCGAGAUCAUGGCUAUUCUUCAGGACCCGGUCAUGCAGAGCAUUCUGCAGCAGGCUAAGAGUGACCCCGCGGCGCUACAGGAACACAUGAAGAAUUCGCAGGUGCGGAUGAAGAUCCAGAAGCUGAUGGCCGCCGGUGUGAUCCGUCUGGGCCGGUAA